CAUUUUGAUUUUUGCGGAAGUGGUUUGAGGAGCGGAUUCUUGAUAAGCAAAUAAGUAGUUUUGUAAUGGUACCUUAGGCUUAAGAAAAAUUGAUACGAAAGCGGUCAUAAUUGCUCUCGUAAUCAACGAUUAUUUUGUUGCAAGUUUUAUAAGACUUUUCACAAUUAUAUUAAAUUAUAAACGUUUGAAAAUGCCUGCUGUAUUCCUUGACAGAUUACCACUCCCAAGUUUACAAGCCUACACUGCUGUCAGUGUAUUACUUCUUUCGUGCUCAGUUUAUUAUGCUGUGCAGAUUACAUCAGAUCCCGAGUGGAAGUUAAAUGCAACACUUGAAUUUGAGAAUAAUGAAGGAGCCAAAAAUCAGACUAUAGAAAACCGGAGAGAAUUAUCAUUUGAUGAGGUAUUAUUGGAAAAUAAAAUCUUCCGUCGAUUACUCGAGAUUGUGAUAUUUAUGAUUCAGGAACCUCUGUGCAUUUGGACCCUAAUCAACAUGGCUUACUGUUGUUUGAUCCUAGUUGGGAAGUUCAUACAAAAGUUGGUGUUUGGUGAACUGCGAGUAUCAGAACAACAGCAUAUCAAAGACAAGUUUUGGAAUUUUGUCUUUUACAAGUUUAUUUUCAUCUUUGGAGUUAUGAAUGUCCAGUUCAUGGAUGAAGUUGUUCUCUGGUGUGGUUGGUUUUCUGUCUUAGGAUUUCUUCACCUGCUUUCUCAGCUCUGCAAGGACAGGUUUGAAUAUCUUUCCCUAUCUCCGAUGACAUCAAGAUGGACUCAUGUUCGUUUACUAGCCCUACUGAGCGUCAUAUUAAUAUCCUCUUCAAGCCUCUUCGUUCUUUGUGUGUUUGUGGGUCUUCAGGCUGGCCUCAACACUUUUGCUUUUAUGGUUGCUGAGUGUGCCCUUGUGACAGUCAGAACAUUAUACAUCAUUGCAAGAUACUUUAUUCACUUAUGGGACAUAAAUCACGAAGGUGUGUGGGAAAAGAGAACAACUUAUGUGUAUUAUAGUGAACUGACUUUUGAAUUGACUGCUUUAGUUGUUGACUUUAUUCAUCAUCUUCAUAUGUUGCUGUGGGGCAACAUUUUCCUGUCUAUGGCCAGCCUGGUGAUUUGCAUGCAACUCAGAUAUCUUUUCCAUGAAAUUAGACAUCGCUUGAAGAAACAUAAGAACUACCUGCGAGUGGUCCGUCACAUGGAAUCCAACUAUCCUAUGACUUCCCUUGAAGAGAUGGAAAACAACAGUGAAAACUGUGCAAUCUGCUGGGAUUACAUGGAAUCAGCCAGAAAACUCCCAUGUGGACAUUUUUUCCACAAUUCAUGCUUGCGAUCUUGGUUGGAGCAAGACUCUUCUUGUCCUACAUGCCGAAUGUCCUUAGCUGUGCAUGGAGAUGGUAGUGGUGGGACUCCUACAGGUGAUGACAAUCAUAACAAUUUACUUGGUGCACUAGGGAGACAAGAAGGAGAACCUACUCACACUGGAAAUCAGACAACAAAUCAUUUCUUUCAUUUUGAUGGGUCUCGUUAUGUGAGCUGGUUUCCUAGCUUUUCAGUAGAGGUCACACACACAAAUCUUCUGGGUAACCGACAACUGCCAGCAGUCCAGACCUCACAGUUAGACAACAUGGCCCGUCAAGUUCAGCAAAUGUUCCCACACAUGCCUUUGAACCUAAUCAUGGAAGACUUAAGAUCCACUCAUGCUGUAGAAUUAACAAUAGAGAACAUCUUGGAUGAGCGUUUGGUUUCUCACCCUUCACCUAUGUUUCAAGCCAAUACAACUCAUACAGCAAUAUCCACUCAGGACUCUUCUCAGGACAAUUACACUACCCAACCAAUAGCUACCAAUGAGAGAGAAUCAGACCAGAGAGAAUCUUCAGCAUCAACAUCAGACUGGAAGUUCUUUGAAGACACUGUAUUCUCAUUAGAUGAAGACACCUCUGAAAGCUCUAGUGAAGAUAAUGGUGGUCUUACACGUGCACUGUCAUCUAUGGGUCAUGGCUGUAGGUUUUCAAAAUCCCCUCAAGAAAGGGAGAGCAUGCUAGCUCAUAGGAAAGAAGAGCUCUUUAAAGCUGCAAAAAGGAAAUAUCUUGCUACAAGUGGAAGUCGCACAGCAGAGCUUGCCAGUGACCCAGAGCCCUCCACAAGUUAUUCAUCCAGUUCAGUUUAUGAUGAGAUGAACAUUUUUCAAGAUCCCUCAAAUUCUAGGGGAGAUGGCCAAUGGUACAGUAUACCAGAACAUCAUGCUCCGGAACAUGUGACAGAAAGAUGAAAAAAAAUAAAGCUGGUCAUGUCUUGAUUUGGAGUGUGUUUAUUGUUUGGAGCCACUUAAGCUAUUAUACAAUGAUGUACUUCAUAAGUGAUUAUUAUGCCUGGCUCAUACUUUCAGUUAUUCUACACGUGUGGGGACUAGUGAUCUAGCUGUAGUCACCAGUUUAACAUAUUGCAAACCACAGGCUAAAACAAGUUUAAGUUUUUGCUGGUACAAUAAGAAAAUAAAUGGUAGAACAGGAUUAAAAUUUGAACUACACAAUGUAUUCAUAUACGAGUUUGCAUAAAAGUUUAUUAAACUCGUUUAGAUGAAAUAUCAGAACAAUUUAUACGUUUGUUAAUAGUACUGAUCAAAAGGUGCAUGAUUGAGGCUAUUUCAAAGUUAAACAGAUUUGUAUGUAAUCCUGUGGAGUUUUCAAGAAUUUUUGUAAGGUGAGAGUUUGUGCAUAUAUUAUGAUAGUUUAAAACAAUUACUUGUAGUAAAUGUUGAGGAAUAGUUUGGUAUUAGAAAAUUGGCUUUCUCUCUGAAAGAUAAUGUAAUGUAUUUUAGAUUUUUUUAUAGUCCCAUUAGUGUUGAUUCUCCAGGAAAGAAAUCUCUUACCACCAUAAAUUAUUAAUUCAUCACAGUAACAUCUUUUGUUUCUUUAUAUAAAUUAGUUUUGGGUUUGUAGUGUAGUCAGAUGAAUUUGUACUUAACUACGAGUAAUUUAGUGUUGUGCAAAAUGUCAAAAUAUUAACCAACUUAGUGACGUUAACUGUUGAAAAAGUGCAAGUAUUUUUUGAUUGGUAGCAUAGCAGUAGUCACUUACAUUUCUUCUGAGCUAUAUUUGUCCUAUUCAUGCCAUUUACUGAUACUAUUUCACAAAACUAUGGCAGUUUGUAUAUCAGUGGAUGGUAUUUCAGAUACUAUAAACAAUGACAAAAACAUGUUUAACAGAAAUUACUUUAGUUGUUUUAUAAUUGUGAUACCUCCUGAAACAGGCUACAGAUUUCUUUCACCAUUGAUACCUAAUAUUUGUUAAUACUUGUCAUUAGUAUAGUUUAGUUAACAUCAAUUGAAAAUUUAUAGUAUUAAUAUUAAUCCAGAAAAAAAAAACUUUAAUGUGAUUUAACCAUGUAUUGUAUAUAUAUUUUAUGUUAGCUGCUUACUGGGGAAAAGGCAGUAAGAUAAAAUAAUCUACAUUCACUAUGAAAAUAAUAUAUUGCUUUAUAUUUAACACCAGUGAUGAGAAUUUGGAAAGUUUGUAAAGAUAGCUCUUUUAUGCACAUGAAUUUACAAAUGUUUGAAUUAUUAAAUCUCCAUUUUAUAUGUAAGCUAUCAAAAAUUCCUUGUUUAUGUAGAAUUGCUUCAAAGAGAAUUUUUGUAGAAAUGAUUUUAUAAUUUCUGUAGUAGCUACCAAGCAGAAAUCAAUUACUUUGUUUUAUCUUAUAACCCAAUGGUGUGGUAGCAUUUGAUUGUAAAUAAUAACUUUGUCUUUUGUGAGUUUCUUUUAGCAGUUUAACUUGUCAAUUCUUAUAAUACAAAGUAAUUAAAAACAUUGUUUUUCCUCUUGUUUUUUGUUGUCAAGAGCCUGUGCUUUUAAGUUUUAGAUAUUUUAAGAAUUGCUUGUUGAUGUGAAAAAACUUGCAUGAUAUAAGUUAAAACUAACAGUCUUUGGUCAGUUAGAAUAUCGCAGAACGAAAUAUAUUAAGUAAUACAUAACAGGGGGUAUAAUUUCAAAAGCUGAAAAACAUGGGCUGUUUUUGUAAAAAAAUGGAACAUCACAAGGACAUUUAAAGGAUUUAAUACUACCCAAUUAGCUGUCCAGUGCAUGUUGUUAAACAGAAUUUCAACUAUUAUGAAGUAAAGCUGUGGGCAAUUUCUGUGUUUUUGAUAGAUAUAUUUGCUAGACAUUUGUAAAAUAUUUGUAUUCUGGUCAUGCAGUCUAGUUGCAUAUGAUGUAUUUUUCAUUACUAGUUAAUUAAGGUAUUUGAUAAAACUUGUAAAACAGAAAACAUAAUACAUUUGAUGACUCGUAGUUAAAUUUAAUGGAAUGCUAACAAUGCAAUAUCGUUACAUAAUGCUUAUAAAUUUUGAUUUUCUUGUUAAGGUACUAAAUAUGCACUUUUAGAAUUGGCACAAGUUUUUUUUUAACUAUUUCUUGGAUAAAUCUAUAUAUAUAUGUAUAAAUUACAUUUUGUAUAAGAAGGUUGAAAGAUGAAAUUAAAAAUUACUUUAAUUCAAAAUAAAUCAUGAUAUUGCUAUCCUUCAGUCUUAAAGUUAUGUAUGUGUUGCAGUGGAAAUAAAACAUUAAUGUCAGUCAUGAUUGCAACAUUUUUAAUGAAAAAGAAUGUUCCAGGUGUUUAAAACAUAGAUGAGUAAUAAAUAAAAGUGAAGAUCUGUCUUACUUCAAAAAUGUGCUAGAUUUAAGCUGUUUUCAAAAUUCAAGUUGUAAACUGUAUUUUAUUGCAUGUGUAAAGAAGUUAGAAAAUUAAAAGUGUUUUCAUCAUGUA